AUGGGAUCAAUCAGUCCCCCGGCCACUAUGAAGGCGGCACAGUAUGAUCAGCGCGAUAACAAAGUCCACAUCAACGAGGUUCCUGUGCCAACACCCAAGGCCAAUGAGCUGCUCGUCAAGACACUAUGUAGCAGCCUCUGCCGCUCAGAUCUCAUGAACUUUGAGCCCGACGAGCUUGGUCUCAAACCGACAGCAGAGGACACACCGCCUAUCACGAUCGGGCAUGAAGCUGCCGGCGUCGUGGUAGGGGUCGGGGACGAGUGCAAGGGUUUCAACAUCGGCGAUCAGGUCGGCUUCUUGCCUUCUACCAACUGCUGCUUCGAGUGUGACGAGUGCCAGGUCCAUCAGAUGUGGUGCAAGACACUUGGUGGCUGCAAGAUGCCAGGACAUGCUGCGGAUGGCUUCUUCCAGGAGUACAUCGCGACAGAUUAUAGAAACGCCAUUGUGCUACCGCCCAGGCUGUCUGCUGUGGAAGCCGCACCACUCUUCUGUGCAGGUGUCACUAGCUAUCACGGAAUCGCUGAUCUUGGGAUUCCAGCUGGUCAGUGGGUUGCGGUCAUAGGAUGCGGUGGACUUGGGCAUCUAGGUAUCCAGUACGCAAAGGCGAAAGGAUACAAUGUGAUAGGGCUGGAUAUCAACGAUGCUCAACUUGAAGAAGCUAAAGACUGCGGUGCCGAUUUUGUCUUCAACACAAAAACUAACCACGACUACGUACACUCGAUCAAGAAAAUCACUGGGGGUGGAUGUCACGCCGUGGUCAACUAUACCAGCUCCAAGGCAUCAUAUGACCGGGCGCCUGAUGUCUUGCGAAUCAACGGCAUCCUGAUGGUUGUCGGACAUCCUCAGCAAGCUCUGACAUUCACAUCGAUAGAUAUUGCCCUGGGCAAGUUCCGGAUCAUGGGCGCGUGCAACUCGAUUCCUGCCAACUUGAAGGAAUGCAUUGAUUUCUCUAUGGAGCAUGGUAUCAAAUCCCACGUUACCUAUUACAACAAUCUUGAAGACAUUUACGAGAUGAUAGAUCUGAUGGAUAAGGGCAACGUCAGGGGCAGGGUGGCGAUUAGAUUUGAUCAAGGCCUCAGUCGCGGUCGCCUUACUGUUGACGUCUCUGAUGUGGACAUGGACACUACCUUACUCUCAAUCAAUCUGCUCCAGGCUGGCGAAGAAAGCGUCAGUGUGCCACAGUCCUCUAUGGGCAAGAAAGCGAAGCCUCUUGCCUGCAUCAGCUGUCGGAAAAAGAAGAUCAAGUUGGUAGCUGAGAGUCUCGUCAAGUGCCAACCCAGCCCGGAUGACCCGAUAAGAUGUCGCCUGUGCGCCCGAACAGCUACCCAGUGUAUUAUUCCGGCGGUAGACGAACGAAAAAUAUCAUCAUCCAAGAAAUUAAUAAGGGAGCUCUACGGCCGCAUUGCCUCCCUUGAAGCCGAGCUCGAGGAGCAUCGGAGCUUCUGCCUUCGAGCAGCGAACACAUCAGAUGAACAGGACUUAUUGGAGGGCACCUCCAUGCUACCGAGUCGAGGACCUCCUUCAGUUGCGUCCUCUGAUGGAUCAAACAGCUCGGAUAACAUGAUCGUCAGGCUUUGUGGAGGCCAGCGCCAGCUUAACAGCGAUCGGGCUGGGAGGCUACGAUUUUUUGGGCCAACUUCGAGUUUGCAUCUGAGCGAGAGCAUAGUUUCGUCUGUUCUCAUCAAUGAAGGGUCCUCAAACCGGGGACAUUUCACAUGGCAGGAAGUCUUGCCACAGGACUUGCAAGAUUAUUUACUGGCCCUAUAUUGGGAGUACCAGCACCAGGUGAUACCAGUCAUUCACAAAGAAGCUGCAAUUUCGGACCGAGCAGAGAUCCGUGCUCUUGCUCUCGCGGAUGACGAGACAAACGAAGAUCCUCCAUAUCUUGUCCGGAGAUGUGCAGCACUGCUAGACUCCGAACUCAACAAUCCUGGAAUUACGACACUUCAGUCGUUGCAGCUUUUGAGUGAGAUAGACUGUGUCAUUUCCAAUGACACAAAAGGAUGGCUCGACGCCGGUGGUGCUUGCCGCUUGGCAUUCGAACUUGGUCUUCAUAGUGACAUUAGCGGUCUGAACUCGGCCACCUUGGGGCAGGUUGAUCUCGAGAUACGUCAAAUUGCCUUUUGGAGCUGCUUUAGCCUAGACAGGCAAUGGGCUUUGUAUUUAGGGCGACCACAAAUGAUCAAGCUAGAAGAUGUCACAGCGGAACGUCCACAAUACGGAACGCUGGACGCCUCUUGUGAGAUGAAGAUGUCUGCAGUGUGGGCGAAUCUGCUCGAAAUUGUUGGUAUCAUCUGUGAUGCACUCAAUGGAAUUCGAUCACGGAAGCACAGAGUUGCGUCCCUAGACCAGGAUCUCAGGACGUGGUACUCGUCGCUGGAACAGUCAUUCCGAUACAACGCACAGCAAACUCCAGCCGUCUUUCUCUUGCACAUGCAAUACUCGGCGGCCGUAAUUCUCCUCCAUAGGCCUCUCGCUCAGUUUGGCAGUGCAUCGAGUGGCCGCUCCUCUUCCAAUGAUCUCUCGCGUCAAAUGUGUGUUUAUCACGCCAGCCUGAUAGCACACUACGUCCGUGAAUUCCAAGAACGUCACGGAAGUGUCCUGAAGAUGUCAUGGAUCGCCCUUCAUAUGAUUACGACCGCAGCCACAACACUUGUCGCAAACCUGGCCGAGCACAGAACCGAAGGAGACUGGCAAGGACAGCUUUCGUGCCUGCGCGAGUGUCUCAACGCACUCAGUGAGCUGGAGAAGAGCCAUAUCCCUACAAGGAGAGUAAGAAAGGUGGUGCAGAGGGCGAUGAGACUUCUGGACCUCGGCACAGCGGUCAACGAAGCAACGCCACUCGGAAGCACGGGGUUAAGAUCGAGUAUUGAUCUUGUCUCUCCAGAUUCACUGCCAUAUGGAACCUUGCUCGGAGAUAUGGGAACCAUGCCAACGGUUCCCAGCCUUCCUUCGGAUUCGUUCUCAUUUGACGAAUUCUUACCCGAGGGCUCGCAGACUGACAUGCUACAUUCUUUCGGCACUUUCUUUUCGUGA